AUCGCUUAUACAGGAACUCAUGAUAAUAAUACAACAAUUGGAUGGUUUCGUCAUAAUAUGAAGGAAAAAGAAAGACAAACUUUAAUCGAUUAUUUACAAAAAGAAGGUGAUCCAGAACGUAAUAUCAAUUGGGAUUUAAUACGAUUAGUUCUUGCUAGUGUAGCUGAUACAGCUGUACUUCUUUUUCAAGAUGUACUUGAUUUAGAAGAAGGUUGUCAAAUGAAUGAUCCAGCAUUUACACCUGAUUAUGAAGAAAAUUGGCGUUGGCGAUUUCAAUGGGAACAAUUAAUACAAUCUUCAAAAGAUAAACUUAAAUCAUUGACAUAUAUCUAUGGACGACAUUUGCCAGAAGAAGCAUUAGAACGACCAGAUACAGAAGCUGGUGUAGAUGAAAAAACGGACAGUAUCAAACAACCAAAAGCGUAUUGA